CUUACCUCGCACCAGUUAGUUGGGAAACGCCUGCUUUGCUCGAUAAGCUCCGCCCCUUCUCUCUCUAUCUCUAUCUCUGUUUUUACUACUAAUACUCUCUAUUUGUGGGGUUCUUGCUGAAGCUGUUCAGAUAGAGACCCUUGCUUGCUUAUUUCUCCUCCUUCCCUUAUCCUUCAUCCCCAUCUUCUCCUCCUCCUCCUCCUCCUCCUCCUCUGAGAGAUGGGAAAUUGCCAGGCUGUGGAUGCUGCUGCUCUCGUGAUUCAGCACCCUUGUGGCAGGAUAGAGAGGUUGUACUGGUCUGUCACUGCUAGUGAGAUCAUGAAGAUGAACCCUGGUCAUUAUGUCUCUUUGAUUAUUCCAUUACCUCUUUCUGAGGAUCAACACCAGAACCAGGACCACAGGACUGUUCGUUUCACCCGUGUCAAGCUUCUUCGCCCUAAUGAGACUCUCAACCUCGGCCAUGCUUAUAGGCUCAUCACUACUCAAGAGGUUAUGAAGGUCUUGAAGGCCAAGAAGCUUGCCAAGACGAAGAAGACUCUCGCAGAGUCGGUGGACAAGAGUAGUACUGUACAAGAGAAGCAGCGUUCUGUGACUGUGAGCGAGGAAGGAGGAGAGAAGCAAGAUACGAGGAACACACACGAGGCAAUAAGAGCAGAGAGACACAGACAAAGAGGGGUAGUAGUAAAUUCGGCUUCUUUUAGGUCAAAAUCAUGGCGUCCUUCCUUGCAGAGCAUCUCAGAGUCUGCAAGUUGAAUGGUGCUACUGAGAAGUGGCAAGCACAGUGGUUCACACCAUUAUUGGACUGCCUCUUUCAUGUGUGAGAAGUUCCUCCUAGAUCAAUUCCUGAUGCAGGGUCAAAAAAAUUUAGAACAGAGGUUUGAAACAGGAUGGUCCAGUGGCUACAUAUUUGUAUAGCAUCACCAAGUGGGGAAAAGAGCAAUGAAAAUGAAAAAGAUAAAAAAAUGAAAGUGAGUUUUGUGAUUGAUAUAGUUAAAGAAUCCAAAUCUUCCUUUUACUUA